AUGCCGGAACGCCGCAACCCCUCCAGCUCCAAUGCGCCCACCCGCCCCUCAGUCCGACGCAACCUCUUCCCCUCGCACCUCCGAACCUCACAUACGGCAUCCUCGACCACAACCCCCACGCAUCCCUCUCACCCCUCCCAUCCUAUUCCUCCUCUACCGCGCCGACCCACUACCUCCUCAACUAGCACAUCCGCCGAAACACUACGAUUAGAUCACGCACAUAGCUACCAUUCUCAUUCCAACUCCCACGAUCGCGAUUUAAAUACCAAUCCGUUUCCUCAUCAUGGUCAUGCUAGUAGAAAUGGUAGUAGGAAUCAUAGCAGUAUUUCUUUUGAUGGGACGACAGAUAUAGUAAUGAGGGAUAAAAAUGGAGAUUUUGAUAUUGCGAGUAUGAUGUUAGGAGGGGGGAUGGAUAAUGGAGGGGGAUUGUUUGGGGGUGAGGAUGAGGAUAUGAUUGGGAUUGAGGGGGAGGAGGAGAAAGAACGGCAGCGUCUAAACGAAUCGAUAAAACAUCAUCAACGCGAUCGCAAUCGUGCACCGAGUGAACCUGCUGAAUUACUAGAAGCAGUACGCAACAGUCUACGUGCCAAAACCGCGGCCCUCUCGGAAGAUAAUUGGAUGUUUGAAGCGGAAAAUGAAGGGGUUAUUCGGUGA